AUGGAGGUUGACACCCCAGUGACCCUUGAUAUGAACAAGGAUGAAGAGCUGGACGCGCUUAAGAUAUGUCACCAAGCGCUCGAAAGUGUGAAAGAGGUGGAAGUGUUGGUAGAGCAGCAAUUGACACAGUUGAAGCAAGCGUGCGAGGAAAAGGAGAGAAAUGUUGCAGAGGAACUGAUGGCGGCAUUGGAUUGCUUCGCGCAGAUGGAAGUAGUAGAGGCCGUGGAAGAGCUAGCCAUAAAGGCAGCUAUGAUCAAUGAGAUUGAGAAGUGUACGGGAUGGGAGCGAGAACAGACAGUGGUGAAUUGUAAGGAGUUGAAAAAGAGGAUGAUAAAAUUAAUGGAGAAGGAAAAAGAAGUGUUGUCACUGCAGCGCGAGCUGAAAUUGGCACGUAAGGCAGCUGAGGAGACAUCGAAGACUGAUAUCGAAGCAUUGAAGAGGUUGCAGCGCGAGGAGGCACGGUUUAAUCACACGAUUCUGCCUGGUUGGCCGUGGGAUACGAGUAGGAUCAUUCAAUACGGAUGGCAUAUGGCACGUCAAUGGAGUGGUCGACAAUACGUCCGAAAGGGCCAAGGACUACUCUGUUUUACUGCUGGUCUUUCCGUGAAGUCCGGGCGUAAUAACCGCGUCUUGUUCGCUGAUGAAGUUGGAACCGUUGUGGGGGUGAUGCCGCUAAGGGAACCUGAGGAUGUUCCUUCGUGGAUUCAGUUCACUGCAGCGGUUGACCUCUGGUUAUCCUGCGGAACGCAUGUUUGGAUGGUGAAUGGGCCCCGCUCAUGCGAUGAUGUUAGCUGGAAUCGUAUAAACCAGAGAGCGCGGACCCACAUUCUUGGAUACCUCGAUGACCUUGCCGACUUUGUGCACCAGUGGCACGAUCUCCUAUCAGAAGAUAUUGGAGUGCUAAAAGCUUCCAUAGCCUAUCUCCGUGUAGGAUUAGUGGAAGAUCCAAGGAAGUGGUGGGAAGUACCACGCGCAAUGGAAUUGUACGAUCUUCUCCAAGGCAACUUAUGGAAUACUGUGUUCAUUUGGAGCCGCUCAAAGUGA